GCCACCCUUCAGUCAUUCGUAGUGCUACCCACGUACUUCAUGACAUGUUCAACUCGUCGUGCUUGGAUCAUGAGGAACCUGAGGGGGUCGAGCGACCACGGGGCCGACAACCACGGCGGGAAAGGAGUGCGUUUGAGUACAUUCGUGGUCGUGGUCGUGGUCGUGGCCGUGGUCGUACAUCGUCAUCAAGUGGUAGUCAAACAUCUUCGUCGGUGAAUAUGCCCGGCACCGGCAGAAUGGACAUUGAACAUUUUCCAUAUAAAGACAGGAUCCCUAACAUCAUGAUGCCGUUCCUGGACGGGUGGAAUGAUGUGGUUGCAGAUGGUAACUGUGGAUUUCGGGUUGUGGCUGAUGUGUUUCAGAUGGGUGAAGACAACUACGGUUUAGUGCGUCAGUUGAUGUACAGUGAAAUCGCCUCAAACCGAGCUGUUUAUCGCCACGUGUACGGACAGGACUUGGAUAGGUCUCUGCAGCGUAUCCGGUGGGGAGGAGGACGUUGCGGUCAAAAUCAUUGGUUCGACGCGCCCCUUGAUCUCUUCGCCGUUGCAAACAUCUACAAGUGUGCAGUGAUGCAUUUCGGCCUUGGUUUGCAUGGUCGAGCUUACUAUCCGUGUACCACGGUUCUGCCUUGGUGUUCGCGUGAGACCGUCACCAGACCGGUAAGAGAGGUUGCUAUUGGAUUUCUGGGGCCGUCAUACAGACAUUUCAUCCGACUGGACCUGUCACCCGAUUUUCCGGUCCCACCGAUUAUACCAACGUGGUACACCAUUCGUACAGCAAGCGUAGAGGGCUGGGAUGCGUUAUAUCAUGACCGGGUGCAGCAGUGGAACAAUCUAGUUGCCUUUUCUAUGUGACCUAAUAUUGCUAUUGCUAUGUUUUUCCCAUUUAUUUAAUUUUCGGAUUCUAAUUUUCGUA